ACCCCCAGCACAUGCACUGAUACUCUUUCACUCUCUUCAACUGACCAUGAAGAGACCGAGAGAGCAGUGCAAAAUCAAACAGCAAUGGUCAGCAACACUUUUAGCAUAGACGCUGAAAAGGCAAAACGGAUUGUCCGUCAUGCACUGGAAAAAAAAUCUGGUGGUGAGGAAGUGCUUGAAGAAUACCAGACAACUAAAACUUUAAAGCACAGCACCAGACGUCAGCUUGUUAAUAUUGUUGUCAGUCACAUGACAGAGAUUCAUGGGAGGAUUCCCACCCGCAAACAGCGGGAAACUUAUGCUUUGGGCAUUAUUUCUCUCUUUCCUACCCUGAGAGACCCAUUUUCAACAAAGGGCUAUGAGCAUUUCUAUGAUCCGGAAAAGGGAACAGGGUUCAUCUCCUGGCGCCUUAAAACUUUGUCGAGGAAGAACCCAAAAUGUGUUCGCUUGGAGAUGACUGAAAGUGGGGGACCAAGUCGACGAAGGAGGAUAGAUGAUGUGCAACAACUUGAAGGAGAUGCAUGCAGAGAGGCAAUUUAUUUUCUUAUCCACACAGCUGAUGAAGCUGAAGUUAUGCAGAAGAUGAAGGAAACGUUUAAGCAUAGACAAGAACUGGUACAUAAUCCUGAAAGAUCAGCUGACGUCCUUGAUGUCUUCCCAAGAUAUUUGGAUGUAAAAGGAUUGAUAAAUCAGGACUUUGCUCUGCUGUUCAAUGCUGAAACAUCCAACAAGUUUCUUAAGAGGUGGGAGACGGCAUUCAAGCAAAAGAUCAUCAACGAAGCCAAGUCUCUUACUUCAACAGCAGAAAUGCGGUGUCUUCUCAAUGCAGCAGGUGGACAAGGAUCUGAAAAUGUCCUGCACUAGUAUUGAAGGCCUUCUCAGUGGGAGGGAGGGCCACCAGCCAUUUCUUCUGGGAUCAGGAAGGAUCAAGGGCAG